AUGAACCACUCAUGCUGUCCAAAUGCUAAAGCAUUUAAGAGAGAUGAGAACAAGGAUGGCCAUGCAGUGAUAAUUGCUCUUACACCUAUCAGCAAGGACGAAGAGUUGAAAGCUAUUGCUGCUGCUAGGUGGUUGCUGGUUGAGAUACUCAAGGCCAAUUGGUGUACAGAUUUAUGUUCAGGUGGGAACUUGCCGGAUCUUGCCAUACAUGCUGCGAGGGGUCUCAUAGAUGGCAACUACCUCAUUCUGGUGGCAUUGCUCGCCAGUGCUCGUUCCUUUCUGUUGAGUUCUUCAGGAAAGCAUGAGGCUGGUUCUCCUGCAGUUGUUGGUUUCUCAGUCUUGUGCUCAGUUCCUCUGGCAGACAUCAAUGCUGGAAUGCCCUUAGUGGGGUUCACCAGAGACUCCAGAACUUGCGUAUUGACAGCAACAGAUGACCAGCUGGACAGUGCAGAGUGCUUCUGCACAGCACCACGCACAUUUGCUGAAAGGUUCAACUCAUCCUGA